CAUAUUCAUAUUUUGAUUUUGAGCUUCAAAGAGAAAACUUUAUAGAUUGUUUUUUUUCCACUUGCUGUGAGGCAAAUUCUUACUUUAAUUGCCCUUCACCCCACGUCUGGCAUUACAUAUGGAGCUCGCUUCGUCCUUCUCAGUCUUUGCACCAUCUUCAUCAUCCUCCUCCAACGACGUUACUGCACCUAAGUUUUCUGUUCAAAUGACCAAAUAUUUAGGGCUCAAGUGUGUAUGUCCUAUUAGAUGGCAGACCCAUCCGCUGCUGAGGGUUUGAAGUUAUCAUGGACUGCACCAUUAGAAAAGCAGUUUAUUGAUUUUUUGUUGGAAGAAAAAGCUAAAGGGAACAUUCCUAAUGGGAAAAUGAAGAAAAAACGUUGGCCAUUUGUCACAGAUGUGUUUAUCCAACGAACCGGAAAACACUGUCGCCAGGAGCAAAUAACUGAAAAAUUUAAACGGCUUAAACAGAAAUACCGUGCGUUUUCCCUACUAAUUGGUAGAUUCGGAAUGGAAUGUGAUCUUGUUACCAACACCGUCACAGGUAGUGAAGCGGCGUGGUCAGAAGCAGUGGCGUUGAACCCUAGGUGCAAGGGCUUUUAUAAAAAGGGGCUGGACCACUAUGAGUUGCUAAGACAGCUCUUCCACACGGGCAUGGCAACCGGAUUUUUACAAACAUCCUCUGUGCAGGGAGUACAUGUCAGUGUUGAACCUUAUAGUUCAGAUGAUGUGGUCAAGCUUCCCCCCCCAGAUAUGGGGCAAUGCAGCAACCCAAAAGGGAAGCAGCCAGCUCACCCCGACACCUCAACCGGGAAGAAGAGGAAAGCUGGGUCCUUUGAUAGAGCCACUAAUGCUAUCGUGGAGACGGAGAUGUCAAGAAUAUCGCGUGAUAAGGACAGCGAAAGUCGAAAAACCAUAGAUUCUGCACAAGUUCUUGAUCCCUUAUCAAUGGUAAUGGCCACGGAAAUUGUGAACUCUAUGGCUGACUCUCUUGGUGAUGAAACCAUGUUCGAGGUCCUCGAAAAAUUAGAAAAGCCCGAAUGCAGGCAAGCUUUCAUCAAAUUGAAACCGGAAAGACGACGGGGCUGGAUUGAGCAAUUGACUAGUUUACCCUAGGGGAGUUGGUGAAGGAAUGAGUAGGAGCUUGAGAGGAAGAGAAAGGAGAGAGCUCAGGUUGUAUAUGAGAGGAAGAAGCAGUUGACAAAAUUGAGGGUUAAAGCUGAGAAGACUGCUGAGGAGAAGCUUGACCCCCAGCUUGAAGUUAUUGCACCUAUCAAGUACUAAGCAUUGAAAUGCGGUUAUUUAUAUUGAAAAAACCUUGGGACAGCUGAGUUGCAGUUAAAUUUCUUUAGCAUUUUGUUACAAUGUUUCUGUCGGUUUGUGCAGGGUACAUCUGCCUUGCUGCAAUUUUUCAAGUAGAAGAUGUCAUGUUAUAAAUUGUUAUCUGGGUUUUCAAAUUAGCUAUGUUUGUGU